AUGCUAACAGAAGCACCCGUUCUCUUUCAAAUCCAAGCCAUCAAUCUCAUGGACUUUGAUCUCGUGUUUGCUGACCUAGUACCUGGUGUGAGCGUUACUGUCACCAUGUCACUAAUCUAG